CCAUCCCACGUCUAUACGGGUCCCCAACAUCACAACAGCGCACAGCAGUGGUUAUGAAACGGAAGCAGUGUGAACCCAGCAUAGCUACUAUAACAGAUCCUUCCUGCGGCGAAUGGGUAUUGACAGUUUCUGCAGUUUGGACGGUUCUGAUCCAUUUUGGGAUUGGAACCGGACAUGGCAAACACACAAUCCAGACCUGACACCAUGUUUCCAGAACACAGUGCUGGUUUGGAUACCAUGCCUCUACCUCUGGCUGUUUGCACCGUUAUACAUCCUAUACCUCAAAAGAAAUGACCAUGGAUACAUAUGCAUGACCCACCUCAACAGAGCCAAAACAGCUAUUGGGUUUACCCUAUGGCUUAUCUGCUGGGCAGAUGUUUUCUACUCUUUCUGGGAAAGAAGCCAUGGUGCUACAAUAGCCCCAGUCUACCUAGUCAGCCCCACAAUGCUUGGCGUUACAAUGUUGCUGGCUACGUUUUUGAUCCAGUAUGAGCGGAUGAAGGGGGUCCAGUCCUCAGGGGUGAUGCUCAAUUUUUGGCUAAUCACCAUAGUGUGCGCUACAGUCACUUUUCGCUCCAAGAUUCUGCAUGCAUUGAAUGAGCCUGCCAGUGUGAAUGUGUUCAAAUAUACCACUUUCUACAUAUAUUACACCAUGCUGCUCAUCUCCCUGAUCCUGGCCUGCUUGUCCGACCAGCCUCCACUCUUUUCACAGGCUGUCAGAGACUCGAAUCCAUGUCCAGAGUCGGGAGCUUCAUUCUUGUCCAGAAUCACUUUCUGGUGGAUCACGGGUGUUUUAAUGGCCUUAGUCAUUACCAAUGCUGCCCGGCGAACAUCCACUGUCGGAGAGAUUGUGAAUCUGAUGUCUGUAGAUGCUCAGCGUUUUAUGGACCUCAUCACCUAUAUCAACAUGAUUUGGUCAGCACCUUUGCAGGUUAUCCUGGCCCUUUACUUCCUGUGGCAGAAUCUGGGACCUUCUGUGCUUGCUGGAGUUGCUGUGAUGGUCCUAAUGGUUCCUCUAAAUGCAGUCAUUGCCAUGAAAACUAAAACUUACCAGGUUGCCCAAAUGAAAAGCAAGGACAAUAGGAUCAAGCUUAUGAAUGAGGUGCUGAACGGCAUUAAAGUGCUUAAACUCUACGCAUGGGAACUGGCGUUCAAAGACAAAGUGUCUGACAUCCGAGAGAGUGAAUUGCGUGUGCUUAAGAAGACUGCUUACCUUGGUGCUGUGUCCACCUUUACUUGGGUCUGCGCACCAUUUUUGGUUGCCCUCUCCACAUUCGCAGUAUAUGUGUUAGUGGAUGAACAUAAUAUUCUGGAUGCACAGAAGGCAUUUGUUUCUCUGGCCUUGUUCAACAUCCUGCGCUUCCCUCUUAAUAUGUUGCCCAUGGUCAUCAGCAGCAUGGUGCAGGCCAGUGUGUCUAUGAAGCGCCUGCGUGUGUUUCUGUCCCAUGAGGAGUUGGAUGAAGACAAUGUGGAGCGGCCAGCCAUCAGUUCAUCUCCAGACAGCAUCAGGAUUGUGGACGGAGCUUUCAGCUGGUCUAAAGACGAAUCCCCUACUUUGAAGAGGAUUAAUGUGCAUAUUCCUGAGGGGGCGUUUGUUGCUGUGGUAGGGCAUGUGGGUUCAGGGAAAUCCUCUCUGCUUUCAGCUUUGCUGGGAGAGAUGCAGAAGCAAGAAGGAUCUGUCUCGAUCAAGGGCUCUGUGGCUUACGUGCCUCAGCAGGCCUGGAUCCAAAAUGCCACUCUCAAAGACAACAUUUUGUUUGGACGGGACGGAAAAGACAGCUGGUACCAGAAGGUGGUGGAGGCGUGUGCUCUCCUACCAGACCUGGAGAUCCUACCUGGAGGAGACUCAACAGAGAUUGGGGAGAAGGGCGUGAAUCUGUCUGGAGGUCAGAAACAGCGGGUGAGUGUGGCCAGGGCUGUGUACUGCAACUGUGCAGUGUAUCUGCUGGAUGACCCGCUCUCUGCCGUGGACGCUCAUGUGGGAAAACACAUCUUUGAGAAGAUCAUCGGACCUCAGGGGUUGCUGCAGGGCAGAACUCGGGUUCUGGUGACGCACGGGCUGAGCUUCCUGCCCCAGGCUGACCUGAUCUUGGUGAUGGUGGAUGGAGAGAUCACAGAGAUGGGCUCUUACACCGAGCUGCUGGGCCGACAAGGCGCUUUUGCUGAGUUCCUGCAUACCUACACCAACACAGAGCAGGAGGAGGUGGAGGAGUCAGUGGGAGAGGAGGGAGGGGAGGCAGAGGACGAAAAAGGGAAAUCUGAAGAAGCAGUCCCACGGAAAGGACUUGAGAAUGGGGGUCCUGCUGCCAUGUUGGGGCAGAGUCUGAACUCUCUCAAUGCAGCAGGCACAGGUAAAACCCCACAGAAAACUGAACCUAAUGAUGUUGCGGCCGCAAAGAAGACCAAAUCUGCAGAAGCUGCCCGACUAACUGAGGCUGACAAGGCCAACACUGGCAGGGUGAAGCUGUCUGUGUUUUGGGAGUACAUGAAGGCUAUCGGCUUGCCCUUGUCCAUCUUCAGUAUAUUUCUGUUCUUCUGUCAUCAUCUGUCCUCUCUGGGCUCAAACUACUGGCUCAGUCUCUGGACAGAUGACCCUGUUAUCAACAACACACAGCCCAACAGAGAGAUGCGUUUAGGGGUGUAUGGAGCCCUCGGAAUCUCACAAGGCAUUGCAGUGUUCUGCUAUUCUGUGGCGGUGUCGGUUGGUGGGAUCUUAGCCUCCCGCUACCUGCACCAGACGAUGCUCUACAACAUCCUGAGAUCACCCAUGUCUUUCUUCGAACGCACACCCAGUGGCAAUCUGGUCAACCGCUUUGCCAAAGAGACAGACACCAUUGACUCGGUCAUCCCUAGCAUCAUAAAAAUGUUCAUGGGCUCCAUGUUUAAUGUGCUGGGCUCAUGUGCUGUCAUCCUCAUUGCCACGCCACUGGUAGCCAUCAUCAUCCCACCGCUGGGCCUGUUCUACUUCUUUGUACAGCGUUUUUACGUGGCGUCCUCUCGGCAGCUGAAACGACUGGAGUCCGUGAGCCGCUCUCCUGUCUACACACACUUCAACGAGACACUGCUGGGCACCAGUGUGAUCAGAGCAUUUGGAGAGCAGCAGCGCUUCAUCACAGAGAGUGAUGGCAGAGUGGACCACAACCAAACAGCUUAUUUCCCCAGCAUUGUAGCCAACCGAUGGUUGGCAGUGAGGUUAGAGUUUGUGGGAAACCUUAUUGUGACAUCUGCAGCGCUUUUUGCUGUGAUGGCCAGGGACAGUCUGAGUCCAGGUAUCAUGGGGCUGUCCAUCUCUUAUGCGCUGCAGGUCACAGCAUCUCUGAACUGGCUGGUGCGGAUGUCCUCUGAGCUGGAAACUAGCAUAGUGGCGGUGGAGAAGGUGAAGGAAUAUGGAGACACAGAGAAAGAGGCUGAAUGGAGGUUGGAGCACUCCACUCUGCCUGCUGGCUGGCCGACCGCUGGUCAUAUUGAAAUCCACAACUUUGGCUUGAGAUACAGAGAGGACUUAGAACUGGCUAUUUCUGAUAUCUCGGUCAACAUUGAGGGAGCAGAAAAGGUGGGAAUUGUGGGUAGGACAGGAGCAGGAAAGUCCUCUUUGACAUUAGGGCUCUUCCGCAUCAUCGAGGCAGCUCAAGGGGAGAUCCAUAUAGAUGGAGUCAACAUUGCUGAGCUGGGCCUGCAUGAGCUACGAUCCAGAAUCACAAUCAUUCCUCAGGAUCCAGUGCUGUUCUCUGGUUCCUUGCGUAUGAAUCUGGACCCCUUUGAUGGCUACACUGAUGAGGAGGUCUGGAGAGCUCUGGAACUCGCACAUCUCAAGAACUUUGUGUCUGGCCUGCCUGACAAACUCAACCAUGAGUGUUCAGAGGGAGGAGAGAAUCUCAGUUUGGGUCAGCGGCAGCUGGUUUGCCUGGCUCGAGCUCUGCUCAGGAAGACCAAGAUUCUGGUUUUGGAUGAAGCCACUGCAGCUGUAGACCUAGAGACGGACAAUCUGAUACAGUCCACUAUCCGAACUCAGUUUGAGGACUGCACCGUUCUGACCAUCGCACACCGUCUCAACACCAUCAUGGACUACACAAGGGUGCUGGUUCUCGAUAAAGGCCAGAUGGCAGAAUUUGAUUCUCCGUCCAAUUUAAUUGCCAAGAAGGGAAUUUUCUACAAGAUGGCCAAAGACUCAGGUUUGGUCUGAUAAGUAGAGGGGCUGAAGAGCCCUCUGUUCAUCCUAGGACAUAUCACUGGGUAGAGCCCAUGGAGAGUGGACCUUGUGAGACAUGGACUCUGAAGGUACCUCUUCUGUGGGCCUGGAGCUCACACACAUAGUGUGAACAUGACACCACUCCAUCCUCAGCUACUGUAGCCUUCCGUUUUCAAUCACAUUUUAAUGGUUUCACUGCAAAUGCUGCUUUGAAGGUUGUUUGAUGCCAACAUUGGGAUGUUUAAAACUAGUUUGAUUUCUUCAUGGCUGUUUUUCUUGUCUGUUUUCAUUUGGAAGACUUCUCACUUUUCCACUAAGCCAAAGA